UCAAACAGUCAUACGUCUUCACAACUUUUUCACUGCCUCCAGUCUCCCAGGAACACAUUCAACCACAAACAACAAUGUGAGGAUACUUUGGACAGGAUAGUCAGGAUAAUAGCACCCAUACAGUGUGACUUACUUCAUAAGCUAUAUGUUUUUUAGGGUUUGGGGUUUGUUUGGGGGGGGAUAUUUGUGAACGGCUGUUUUACCAGAAAAUAGCAGAAAGGAAUUUAUUGCCGAAGAGGUCUUCUCAGCAUCAAGAUGGCCAGCGUUGACAACAACAAGACCAACCAAACCAAUUUCAGUGCCAGCUACUGUCAGUUCAAUGAUGAUUUUAAAUAUAUCCUCCUCCCUGUCAGCUACACCCUGGUGUUUGUGAUUGGCCUAGCGCUGAACGCCACUGCGUUGUAUGUGAUUGUGUUCCACACCAAGCGCUGGAAGCCCUCGACCAUUUAUAUGUUCAACCUGACAGUGUGUGACACCCUGUACAUCUUCACGCUGCCAUUCCUCAUCUACUACUACGCCGACAAGAACGACUGGCCGUUCAGCGAACCCUUCUGCAAGCUUAUACGCUUCCUGUUUUAUGCCAAUUUAUACGGUUCCAUCCUGUUCCUGUCCUGCAUCAGCCUGCAUCGGUUCGUUGGUAUCUGCUAUCCGGUCCGCUCCCUCAACUGGGUCAGCGCCCGCCAGGCCCGGCUGGUGUCUGUGGCAGUGUGGGCCUGUGUGUUAUUCUGCCAGGCUCCUAUUCUCUACUUUUCAAGAACUAGGGACGUGAACACCGAGCGAAUCUGCCACGACACCACCAGUCCAGAGCUUUUCGAUGACUUCCUGGUGUACAGCUCAGUCGUAUCAGUGCUCAUGUUCGUCUUACCCUUCAUGGUGGUGAUGGUUUGCUAUGGCCUGAUGGUGAGAAAGCUUCUAGAUACUGGCUGGGGGUCUGGAGCAAGAACCGAAGAGGAAAGAGGAGGCUUAACAGCCCAGAGGUCCAAACAGAAGUCAGUAAAGAUGAUCAUCAUCGUGCUGGCAGCGUUCAUGCUGUGUUUCCUCCCUUUCCACCUCACCAGGAGUCUUUACUACUUUUUUAGAUACAUGAGGCAGGUGAAUCCAGCACAGAUCAGCUGCAGCUUGGUGGAAGCCUCCAGUGUGGCCUACAAGAUUACACGACCUUUGGCCAGUGCCAACAGCUGCGUGGACCCCAUCCUUUACUUCCUGGCAGGGCAGGAUGCCCGCAGCAAUCUCACUAAGAAGCGCAAACUGCCGCCACCAAAAGCAAACAGUGGAAUCCAAAACUUGACAGCACAACACUAACACCAUGUGACUGUUUGCCACCUGGGCUUGUGUAAGAGUAACAGACUGUUAAAGACUCGCAUGUUUAUCUACCACUCUCUUCCACACUGUGUUUUUCGUCCUGUCUCCCUCCCCUCACCCCCAACUGGUCGGGGCAGAUAGCCGCCCCUCCCAGAGCCUGGCGCUGCUCUGAGGUUUUCUUCCUGUUAAAAGGAAGUUUUUUCUUCCCAUGUGGGUCAUUUUAUUGUUGUUGUUGUU